ACAUGCGGAUCUAGGAGCAGAGGGAAGGCAGGUCAGAGCCGCGGCGCUCACCCCCACCCUGUGCCCAUCCUGCCCUUCCUCCCGGGGGCAAGGGGCAUCUCCCAGCCGGGGCGGCUGCCCGGGGCUCAGCCCUGGCCCCGCACGGAGGGCAGGAGCGGCUGGAGGUGGCUCCCCGCGGUCUCCCAAGGACACCGCUGCCCCGCACGGCCCCGGUGAGAGGCAUCCCAAGGGCAGCGGCGGCGGCAGCGUCCCCGCAGGCCCGCCGGCCCCGGGCUGCGGCGCUGCCCCGUCCCUUGCAGGCGGCUUCCCAAGGGCACCGGUGCCCCGGCCUGCCCGGGGCUCUGCGGCGGGCGGCAUCCCCGGCUCGCCCUUGCCGGAGGAUGGCUGAGCAUCCUCUCGCGGCGCGCCGCUCCCCCGCAGCCCUCGGUACUCACGGCCCUCGCACCGGUACCGGCACCGGCAGGGAGCCGCGGCAGCCGGGCUGGCGGAGGGCCGAGCCGCCGGCUGUUCCCGCAUCGUCCUCCCGCAGCACCGAGCCGGCUCCCUCCGCCGCGGCUCCCCCGGGCGCUCCCGGCUCCCUUCCCGAGGGCUCGGCUCCCGCAUUCCCACUCGCCGGCUCCGCUUCCCGGCACGGAGAAAGUCCCCCCCGCCUGUCCCCCGGCCCCGCUGCGGCGGUACCUGGGCCUGCGGUGCUCCGCAGCGCUCUCCUCACCUUCACCUUCACCUUCACCUGCCGCCUAGCAACCCCGCAUCCCCGCGGCUGGGGACCGCGGCGAGCAUCCUCCGGCCCCGGGCCCCGCUCCCUGCCUGCCUUCCCCGGGAAGGAGCCAGCCGCUUCUGCCCGCCGCUCUCUGCCACAAGAGCACCCGCCUGUCCCGAUCGCAGAAAAAAAUCUCCCCGGAGCUGUUUCGGCGGAGGAAGCUGCGGAGAGGAGCUCGGCGGUGCCGGAGGCUGCAGCAGGACACGCAGGAGCGCUGCUCAGGGAAGCUGCCGCCCGCCCCGGGGGAGACAGGAAUGGAACCUCUGUGCAAGAACAAGACUUCUCCUCCUGCCACGGGUCGCUGAACCACGGGAGAGGAGAGCUCUCAAACCCUGGACCAACAAGCUGCUGCAUCAUGCAAGUCUCUGCUGAGGAAGAGCUCACAAAGGAUCACCUGCUCCCAGUCUCUGUGCUGCUUCCACCACCUCAGCUUCAGUGUCCCUCGAGGGGCUCAGUCCUUGUCCCGCUGCAAGACCCCAUUAGCAUUUUAAUGGUCCCACACAGCACCUCACAGGUGACCCAGAAACACCAUCCUGGCACGUCUCUGCCCCAAAAGCGUCCAGCAUUUGGGGCAUGAAUCCACACAAAGGAGCUCCCCUUCUGAGCAGGCAGUUCCUCCUGGCUGUGUGGGGACAGAACCCACAUGGGGCAAAGCCCCACACCAAGGCAGGGAGUGCAGCUGUGGCUGUGGGCUGCCUGCUCGUGGAACAUCCGCAGUCUUGGCUCUGCAUCCUCUGUCCCUCCUGACCCCAUCCCAGCUCCUCUCCUGUCCUGUGUGACCCCACCAGCCGAGACAGUGGGUCUGAGACACAGGACAAUCUGCCUGGAGCUCUGGGAUAGGCAGCUGCCUUCUUUCUGCCUGCCCACCUUAUCCAGCAGCACCAGCUGGAGGAGGAGGAGGAGGAGGUUACACGGUCCGGAGCGUGGCACGGUGCUGGACUUAUGAAACAUCCUUGCUCGUGGAUGAACCAAUUAGUGACGAGCUCCCAUACAGUGGUAAGUCGGAGUUGCCUUUUUUCCUCAUGAGCUCACCUGAAAUUCUUGGCAUGUUUUAUUCUGCAUUGACCAGGGCCAACGUGUCAGCACUUCCUGACCUUGGAGAUGGCCUCAGCCAUGCCUGGAAGUGUCCAAGGCCAGGUUGGAUGGGGUUUGGUCUAGUGGAAGGUGUCCCUGCCCAUGGCAGGGGGUUAGAAUGAGAUGAGAUUUAAGGUCCUUUCCAAUCCAAACCAUCCCCUGCCCUUCCUUCCCAGGUCCCCCCUUGGGGCUUCCCUGAAUCCUGGAAGUCCUUGGAGGCAUCACUCCCUCUCCAGGCAUUGCCUGGAAACACUGAAAUUUUAAGCUUUGGAAGCUUGGGAGGGAGGGGACAGAGUGGCUGAGGAGAGGCUGGUGGGACAGUGCUGUCACCUGUCACCCUGUCCCUCAGCUGGCCCCAGCCCCAGUGAAAUUCCAUGUUACCUCUUGUCCGCUCUUUUCCCGCACCUCUUCCGCGGCCAUUGGAGCAAAUGUCACCCCACAAACAAUGUGACCACGUCCUUUUGGGGGAUCAGCCGCCCUGGCCUCGCUGCUUGUCCAUGUGGCAGCUAAACCAGCUGGAGUGCCCAGAUCCAGGCUCAUCUUGGGAUCUUUGCUUCAGUGCUCAGCCCAAAAAUCGUCCUGACGUCUGCAAAGCUGCUCCAUCCCCUCGUGUCAAACGUGUUCCUGAAUCCUCAGCCCUGCUCCAGCUUUCCAAACAUGCCCAGCAGCUAAUGGCCGUUAAACCACAGCCUGCUUUUGCUCUCUGAGCACAAAGAGCAUCUAAAAAUAUCCCUCUGAACGCUUCCCUUGCGCUGCUCCAACACCCGUGAAGAUGCCUGGAGCAGCACCCGGCUUCCAGAAGGAGAGCUCAGGGAGCAGGGUGAUCCCAGCUGGAAACAGGGACGUGUGUCUUCUCCCCUCGAGCAGGAACGUGUGUCUUCUCCCCUCCAGCAGGGACGUGUCUCUGCUCUCUCACCCCGUCCCCAGGCGGGCACUGGGCCGUGCUCCCGGGUGGCUCCAUGUCCCCAGCCGGGCGUUAUCUGGUGGCAGCAGCUGGUGGAGCAGGGACAGGACAGUCGUCAUGGGGAGCACCGUCAGAGCUCUGGGAGCUCCCAGCUCAGCCGUGUUGCUCAGCACGUUGAAAUCCCGCUGAUUUCCUGCAGCAAUGUGGCUGAACUGAGGCCUCAGCGUGCACCGGCCAUCCAGCUUGUAACUGUUCUCACCAGAGUUUUCUCAGAACCCGCCAGAAUCCAUCAAGGUUACUAAGACAUAAACUGUGCUAAAUAAGAAAGAAGAAGCUGAGAAACAGAAUUCCAAGACUGCAAGACCUAAAUAACAGCAGCAAAGCACCUGGACUGUGACCAGUCCCAGAUUCUGAGAGGUGCACGCAGAACACGUGGAAAGACAAAAGCACCGAUAAGAAAUGUGUGACCAGCGUGUGCAGUGGAGUUAGAAUCUAUAAAUUAAUGCAUAAUAGAAACAAUAAACAGCUUCUGCUUAAUCACA